AUGAAAUUCAAGUCUGUUUCAAAAUCUUGGCUUUUUUUAAUCUCUAGUACUGAAUUUAUCAACACCCAUCUCAGUUUAUCUGUUAAUAACAAGGAUUUCAAGCGUCAUAAGCUUAUAUUGAGGUUUGAUCCACCUUACUGUAGUCUUCAAGACUGUUCUUUUAGUUCUUUAUUCAGUUGUUCUGUUACUGAAGCAUUUGAUUUGGAUUAUCCUGUGAAAAACUGCAAUAAGUUUCUUUCGAUUGUGGGUUCGGUUAAUGGAUUGAUUUGUGUUGCUAUUGAAGAGAAAUAUUUGUUUAUAUGGAAUCCGUCGAUUAGGAAGUGUAACAAAUUGCCUGAUUCUAGAGCUAGUAUGAAUGGGAAUUCAUGUUACAUGUAUGGUUUUGGAUAUGAUGAGAUUCAUGAUGAUUAUAGGGUAGUGGCAGGUUUUCGAAGUUGGAAUUCUUGUAAGGUUGAUAUAUAUAGUGUAAAUAAGGAUUCUUGGAGAAGUAUUGAUGAUUUUCCGAGUGGGGUGUUGUUUAUGAAGUCGGGUGUUUUUGUGAAUGGGAAACUUCAUUGGGCUUAUAGUGAUGUUCAAAGUGUUAUUUCUUAUGAUGCUUGGAGUGUCAUUUCUAUUAAUUUGCCUGAUGGGAAAUGGGGAAAGGUGGAGCAACCUUGUUAUGGCGAAGGAGUUUUUGAUUUUACGAUGGGAGUUUUGGGAGGUGAUCUUUCUGUGUUCUGUAAUUAUGAGAGAAUUCGUGCGGAUGUGUGGGUUUUGAAGGAGUAUGGGGUUAAAGAGUCUUGGACUAAGAUGUUUACUAUCAAUCUUCCCUAUGAUCCCGUAGGUUAUCAAUAUUGUCCAUUGUUUUGCUUGUCAAAUAAAGGUGGAAUUUUGUUUCAGUUUGGAUCAACUUUCAUGAUUUACAAUCCCAAAGAUGACUCAAUAAGAUAUUCAGAGAUUACCUGCUAUAAUGCCUUUUAUGAGGCAUACAUCUUCAUUGAAAGCCUAGUUUGGCCCAUUUCGACGAAACCAAGGAUGCAACAACAACCAAGGCUAGAAAAACUUAGAUGA